ACAAUUUUUAGGAACGGAGGAAGUACUAUUUAUGUUACUAACUUACUAUUUAUAGGUAGUGCUGGUGAUGUCCUAGAAGAUGAUCCUGUGGGAAGGUUAAAAGUGUUCGUUUAUGAGCUUCCAAGCAAAUACAACAAGAAGAUUGUGCACAAGGACCCUAGAUGCCUCAAGCAUAUGUUUGCAGCAGAGAUUUACAUGCAUCGUUUCCUUUUGUCAAGCGCUGUUCGCACUCUCAAUCCCGAUGAAGCCGACUGGUUCUACACGCCCGUCUACACCACCUGCGACCUCACCCGAGACGGCCUCCCGUUGCCGUUCAAGUCGCCGCGUAUGAUGAGGAGCGCCGUUCAGCUCAUCUCCUCCUACUGGCCUUACUGGAAUAGAACUCAAGGGGCCGAUCACUUCUUCAUCGUUCCGCACGACUUUGGUGCGUGCUUUCACUAUCAGGAAGAAAAAGCUAUUGAGAGAGGGAUUCAUCCAUUGCUGGAGCGUGCUACCUUGGUUCAAACAUUUGGCCAGCGGAAUCACGUGUGCCAAAGAGAGGGCUCCAUCACCAUCCCACCCUAUGCUCCUCCACAAGAAAUGCAGAUACAUAUAAUUCCUCCGAGCACUCCUCGCGCCAUCUUCGUUUACUUCCGCGGUUUGUUUUAUGAUGUCGGGAAUGACCCCGAAGGGGGCUACUAUGCAAGAGGGGCGCGUGCAUCGGUGUGGGAGAACUUCAAGAACAACCCGUUGUUCGACAUCUCGACGGAGCACACGGCGACUUACUACGAAGAUAUGCAGAGAGCCGUGUUCUGCCUGUGCCCGCUGGGGUGGGCUCCGUGGAGCCCCCGCCUCGUGGAGGCGGUGAUGUUCGGGUGCAUCCCGGUGAUCAUAGCGGACGACAUCGUGUUGCCGUUUGCGGACGCGAUCCCGUGGGAGGAGAUAGGCGUGUUCGUGGACGAGGGAGACGUGCCGAAGCUGGACAGCAUCCUCACCUCCAUCCCGAUUGAUGAUGUGCUGAGGAAGCAGAGGCUGUUGGCCAACCCCUCCAUGAAACAGGCCAUGCUGUUCCCGCAGCCUGCUCAGCCGGGCGACGCCUUCCAUCAGAUCUUGAACGGCCUUGCUCGAAAGCUGCCCCACCCCAACGCCGCCUUCUUGAAGCCAGGCCAGGCAUUCUUGAACUGGGACGCCGGCCCCGUCGCCGACCUCAAACCGUGGUAGC